CCCAUUUUUUGGUGAAGAACCUUUUUUUGCUCAGUUUGGUUUUCUCAAUUUUCAUCUUAUAUAAAAUGCACUUUUGUUUAAAUGAAUGAAACAAAAAAAAAAAAAAAGUAAAGGCCGAGCAAAAAGAAAAAAUACAAAUGGCAAGACAAGUUUGCAUUAUUUCUGCAAGUUUACUUCUUAUUAGCUUAGCAAUUACAUGUACUGCACAAACACAGAUUCCAGCAAAUAAAGGUGAAAUAAAUACAUGGUUUCAAAAUGUAAUCAAACCAAUGAGCCAAAUAAAUGGAAAACUAGAUCCUAGUUUAAUGGAGGCCGAAAACAAUGGGGUCGAAAUUAUUGAAGUUAGCCAAGAUGGAAAGGGAAAAUUUAAAACAAUAUCUGAUGCUGUAAAGCAUGUUAAAAUAGGAAAUACUAAACGUGUCAUCAUAAAAAUUGGUCCCGGUGAAUACAGGGAGAAAGUAAAGGUUGAAAGAUUUAAGUCAUUUGUAACUUUUUACGGGAUAGAUUCCAAGAAUAGACCAACAAUAACUUUUGCUGGAACAGCUGCUGAGUAUGGGACUGUAGAUAGUGCAACAUUGAUUGUGGAGUCUGAUUACUUUGUUGCUAAAAACAUUAUUGUUUCGAACUCUGCUCCUAGGCCGAAUGGAAAGAAGAAGGGAGAGCAAGCUGUAGCGUUGAGAAUAUCUGGUGAUAAAGCUGCAUUUUAUGAUUGUAAAUUUACAGGAUUUCAAGAUACACUUUGUGAUGAUAAAGGCAAACAUUUCUUCAAAGAUUGUUAUAUUGAAGGAACGGUUGAUUUUAUCUUUGGUGCAGCCAGAUCUUUAUAUUUGAAUACCGAGUUGCAUGUUUUGUCGGGUGAUAAUGAGGCAAUGAUCGUAGCUCAUGCAAGGAAAAAUCCAAGUGAAGAGGGUGGAUACUCCUUUGUCCAUUGUCCAGUUACUGGAACAGGUGGUCAUGCAGCGUUAGGCAGAGUAUGGUUUGAAGCAGCUCGAGCUAUAUACUCUUAUUGUACCAUUAGUGAUGUUAUUAAACCCGAGGGCUGGUCAGAUAACAACAAGCCAGAAGCACAAAAGACAAUUUACUUCGCAGAGUAUAUGAACACGGGUCCAGGCGCAUCACUUGCUAAAAGAGCUCCAUUUACCAAGAAGUUGACAGCUGUAGAAGCUAAAACAUUUAUCAGUUUGGAGUACAUAGAUGCAGGCAAAUGGCUACUUCCACCUCCCAAAUUGUGAAAUUUGAUAAUUUCAUAACAAAAAGUGUUAAAUAGAUUUAUAUUAACAAUUCUAGAGAAAUCUAUUAGAGCACCUUUAUAAUUAAUGAUACAUGCGUUAUAAUCAAGUAGAUAUAUAAGCUUUAAUACAACUAAGUUUGUAAUAUAGCUCCUACGUAGUUAACUAAAAAUAGAUUUUUUUUUUUUUUUUUUGGAAAUUGUUAAAAUAAUCCAAAUGAACAAAAUUAAUGGGAGAUUUAAAUUAUGUAAUACUUAUACAUUAAGAUUAUUAUUAUUAUAAUUUCCAUUAUUAUAGUCCCGAUUUUCUACUAUGGGUGUUUCACAUGGUCAAA